AGCACUUUUCUCUCCAUUAACAUGUGCCUGUCUCAUGCUAACAGCUGAUGGCUGUUAUGGCAGAUAAUGACUGUUCUGACCAACGUGCCAGCAUGAAUCUUUUAUGAAUGUUCGGCCGACUCAGAUGCAGAAGACAAGCUCAACAUAUAGAAAACACAGUGUACUUCAUUCAUGACAUUUUGAGUGAAAAAUAUGCUCAUACUGAUCAUACGUUUGGAAACUAUAAGUCUGUAACUCUGAGAGACUCCAGUUGUGGUGAAUUACCUGCUAGUAUUCAGUUUUUUGCUGCCCUCGUGUGGCUGUUUUAAGCAGGGACAUAGUGGAUAAUAAACUUAUAAAACUUUACCAUGACUUUAAACUUGAUUAUAAUAACACAAUAACAUAACAUAAUAAAUUAUAACACAUUUGUAGCUAACUAUACAUUACAGAAAGUAGUGAGGAUAUGUUGUUUUUCAGAUGGAAAUCAUAAAAAUCAACAAUUACAAGCUCAUUUUUUGCAUGUUUCCUCUGGGUUCCUCACCUCACUGUCCCCUAAAUAAUAACAUCAUAAAAUCAGAUCAAAUUUGUCUUCCUGCAUUCUGAACUAUUAACCUUAGGAAAAAUACCUUACUGAACGGAACUGUCUGUUAGGAGAAUAAAAAGAGGAAGCUGUGUUGUUUUUUGAUAUCUUUUGUUUAAAAAUAACAGCCAAUGGGAGAGAAGCAUGUUAGAGGAACCACUAAUUUGUGCUUAGCACUUGUUGUUGAUGAGCAUGCAGUACAUUGUGUCUUCUUACUGGGGAAAUGUAACUGAUUACCUUUACAAAAGUACAGCUAUGAUACACUUGUGCUUUACUUGCAUCUUCCCAUGUUAUGCCUCUUCUCUUUGUAUUUCUACUCCACUACAUUUCGCAGGCAAAUAUUAGGCCUUUUCAAACAUCUGUCUGGCGGGGCCAGUUCCUGCUUUAUACAUUUACAUUUGACAUUUCAAAUAUAGUUUAGCUUGGAAAAUAUGUCACUUUAAACCACUGAUCUGUAUAUGAAUUCAUUAAGGUUAGUUUAACCUCAAUAUAGCUGCAGCAAGAGGAAACUGCGUCCAUGUGUCAAUGUGUCAGUUACGAUAAUCUGAUAACAAAAAUACUUUCAUGCAAUAUACUUUAUAUAACUGACAGGCGCCCUAUGUCUACCAUAUCAUCAUGUUCUCUGUAAUAAUUCUGGGAACUUAAGGGGGUUGUAUGACAUCAAAAUGUGUUUAUACUUUACAAAUACACAUAUAUUUCACAUGUUGGGUUUCUUAAGGUUGGUUAAGAUACUUCUUUAGUAUGAAUAUUUUAAAUUUUAACUCUUUUUAAGCCAAAAAAAAAAAGAAAGAAAUGUUUCCAAAAAUUAUUGCACAUAUUUCACAAUGUUGUAAAAAAAAUGAUAAUAAAAAAUGUAAGAAGAUAACAUUUAUAGAAAAUACAACUCAAAAGUUAAAUAAUAUGAUAAAUGUGCAAAUUAGUAUACGGGGCAAUAUGGACUCAUGACCUCAACAUUUAUGAAAUACCUUCUGACCUGCCUAAUGAAUACUUUCACUUUUCAUUUUGCUUAUAAUAUUCAUGAGGUACAAUUGUGAAUAUGCUUUUCAUUGUUGGUAAAAAAAAAUAUAUUACCACCACUGAGCCUGCUCAUAUCUCUAUUUACAAUCUCUAUGCUGAAUAUCACAUGAUGUGCGUGCACAUGUAGGCUACACCUCACGCACACCUUACAUGAUGGCCCUAUCAGAAUGAUCCACCAGGGCAGGAUGGGUAAACCUAGGUCAAUGCCCUCACGUCGCCAAGACGAGCGGGCAGGUGGGUCUCAGGUAAAAGGUGACGUCACUAUGAUACUUUUGAACUCCUCGGCAGUAAAUCUAUAAAGGUGUGUGUAGUCUUAGUGCACAGGUAGCCGAACCUUAGACUGAAGUGAAAGCAGAGCCUGCUGGGAGUAAACAAGGAGGCCUAUCAUGCGCCCGGUAGUUUGAUUCACCGAGGUCUACCUGAGAGUCACCCUACCUGUCGCACGAGGACACCGGUAUGUACCCCAACUCACAGUCGGCCAGACACCCGGCUCAAACGCUGUCACUGAACAGUCAGUACUUCCCGCCUCCGUAUGACUACACCAGUUACCAUCACGUGCCGGGAGUCGGUGACCCGUCGACAAGCGCCUGGAACUCCGUCUACGCUCCCCGGGAGGAGUAUCCGUACAGCUUCCCGGGGUCAAGCCCCAGCGCCGGGCAGGUCAGCUUCUGCUCCCCGGAGCUGAGCGGCACGCCCACCGCCGCUGGAGGAGGGUCGUUCACGCCAUACAACUUCAUCGCCGGACAGGACCCCUUCAGCUCCAGGAGGAAGCCACAUGAGCCCAUCAGACCAUCCGCCACAGGAGCAAAGACUCGCACUAAGGACAAGUACAGGGUUGUGUACACUGACCAGCAACGCCUGGAGCUGGAGAAGGAGUUUCAGUACAACCGCUACAUCACCAUGAGGAGGAAGACUGAGCUGUCGAUGGCACUGAGCCUUUCUGAGAGACAGGUGAAGAUCUGGUUUCAGAACAGACGUGCCAAAGAGAGGAAGAUAAACCGGAAGAAGCUGCAGCAUUCUCAGCAGGCCUCCACAACUACACCCACCCCGCCUGCACUGUGCGGACCCACUGACACCCACAUCACCACCAGCCCCAGCAGCAACAUUUUGUCCGACACAGUAUCAGAGGAGUACUAGGUGGAUUUCACAUGGAAGACUGACACAGCGUGAAAUAUGUACAUAGCAUGUUUUGUUUUUAUAAGUUUACCGCAGAAUGAAUGGUGAUGAUGAUUCACAUCAACAUGAUGUCAUAAUGCUGCACUUCCUGCCUUUCACAAUGAGAAGCACUACAUAUCUGUCGCACUGAUCAUCCCUGGUGAGCGUUUGCCAAUUACAGGACUUUAAUGUGUUAAUAUGGAUCAUUUUCAGCACAAGGAUAUUGAUUGUAAGGACAAAGAUUCACUUGAUAACUUCUCACCUGUCAAAUUUCAUUAAGAAUUGUUGGUUAAAGCCACAAUGAAAAAGCAUUUCAGUCCUUCUCUCUUUAUCAGGAUGUUGAAUUUUGUCUUAAUCAUGGUUGAUAAUCUGUGGUCAAAUAUGUAUGCAUUAAUAUGAAAAUAGGCCUAAACUUGCCCCCCUAAUGAUUAGGGGUCAGCAACCUUUAACAUGGGCGGCACUGUGGUGCAGUGGUUAGUAGGGCUGCAACGAUUAGUCGACUAAUUGAUGACUAAUCGACUAUUAAAAUAAUCUGUGACUAUUUUAGUAGUCGACUAAUCGGUUUGAGUCAUUUUUCAUAGAAAAGUACUAUAAAAGUACCCCAAAAUACUCUUAUUGCAGCUUCUUACGUUCAGAUAUUGGCAGCUUUACACACUCUCCCAUGACAGUGAACUAAAACCUUUUGGCGUGAGUAUGAAACAAGACAUUAGAUGACAUAAUUUUGGGGUUUGGAAGAGACAGACUGACAUUUUUCAACAUUUUAACCCAUUUUUUCGAUAAAAUGAUUAGUCGACUAAUCGAAGAAAUAAUCGACAGAUGAGUCGACAAUAAAAACAAUCGUUAGUUGCAGCCCUAGUGGUUAGCACUGUCACCUCACAGCAAGAGGGUUCCUGUUUCAAACCCAGGGUGGGGGAGCAGAGUCUGUGCGUUUCGAGUUUGCAUGUUCUCACCGUGUCAGCGUGGGUGCUCUCCAGGUGCUCCGGCUUCCUCCCACAGUCCAAAGACAUGCAGGUUAAUUGGUGACUCUAAAUUGCCCGUAGGUGUGAAUGUGAGUGUGAAUGGUUGUCUGUCUCUAUGUGCUGGCCCUGCCAGGCGUGUGUUGGCCCUGUGCCUGGACCCUGUAUCCUGCCUCUCGCCCAAUGUUGGCUGGGAUAGGCUCCAGCAACCCCCAACGUGAUAAGCGGUUAUGGAAAUGAACAAACUUUUAAAUGUAAAGAGGGGGGUAACAUAUCUAGAGUCACAAAACACAUUUGUGCCUUAUAAAUAAGGUGACACAGCCUAAUUCGCCUGACUGACCAUUCAUUAAUAUGUUUUAUGGCAAAGUCAUGACUCUGCAGUGGGCUAUUCAUGAUUAUUUGGUGCUUAAACUUUGACACCAGCAAUGACACCAACACAUCUGUCCAUGUCCAUUUUACCACUAAGGCUUUUCCUCUUUUGGAUUUGGAAUCAAUAGGUAGCCUAGUAGGGAGACUGAGGACUGCUUUUGAGAUUUGCCAAUUUAGAAGAAAAAGCACCAGGCCAGAGACUUAUGAUGCACAUUUUAGCUGACAAAAUCUUAAAACAUUUUUUUAAUUCAGUGUAAAGGCCACACAUUUUUACAACUGGAGAAAAUCAAAGUCACUUAAGGCCUACAACAAUGAUAACUGAAAAUUAAAAUGUUUAAAAGAAAUAA